AUGGGCCCCACAGCCCACAGAGCCCACACAGCCCACAGAGCAAUACAGCCACGGGCCCCACAGCCCACAGAGCCCACAGAGCAAUACAGCCACGGGCCCCACAGCCCACAGAGCCCACACAGCCCACAGAGCAAUACAGCCAUGGGCCCCACAGCCCACAGAGCCCACAGAGCCCACAGAGCAAUACAGCCACGGGCCCCACAGCCCACACAGCCCACACAGCCCACAGAGCAAUACAGCCACGGGCCCCACAGCCCACAGAGCCCACACAGCCCACACAGCCCACAGAGCCCACAGAGCAAUACAGCCACGGGCCCCACAGCCCACAGAGCCCACAGAGCCCACAGAGCAAUACAGCCACGGGCCCCACAGCCCACAGAGCCCACAGAGCACUACAGCCAUGGGCCCCACAGCCCACAGAGCCCACACAGCCCACAGAGCAAUACAGCCACGGGCCCCACAGCCCACAGAGCCCACAGAGCCCACAGAGCAAUACAGCCACGGGCCCCACAGCCCACACAGCCCACACAGCCCACACAGCCCACAGAGCAAUACAGCCACGGGCCCCACAGCCCACAGAGCCCACAGAGCCCACAGAGCAAUACAGCCACGGGCCCCACAGCCCACAGAGCCCACAGAGCCCACAGAGCAAUACAGCCACGGGCCCCACAGCCCACAGAGCCCACAGAGCACUACAGCCCACAGAGCCCACAGAGCAAUACAGCCACGGGCCCCACAGCCCACAGAGCCCACAGAGCAAUACAGCCACGGGCCCCACAGCCCACAGAGCCCACAGAGCCCACAGAGCAAUACAGCCACGGGCCCCACAGCCCACACAGCCCACAGAGCCCACAGAGCAAUACAGCCACGGGCCCCACAGCCCACAGAGCCCACAGAGCCCACAGAGCAAUACAGCCACGGGCCCCACAGCCCACAGAGCCCACAGAGCCCACAGAGCAAUACAGCCACGGGCCCCACAGCCCACAGAGCCCACAGAGCCCACAGAGCAAUACAGCCACGGGCCCCACAGCCCACAGAGCCCACAGAGCCCACAGAGCACUACAGCCCACAGAGCCCACAGAGCAAUACAGCCACGGGCCCCACAGCCCACAGAGCCCACAGAGCAAUACAGCCACGGGCCCCACAGCCCACAGAGCCCACAGAGCCCACAGAGCAAUACAGCCACGGGCCCCACAGCCCACAGAGCCCACAGAGCAAUACAGCCACCACAGCCCACAGAGCAAUACAGCCAGCUGGUGA